AUGAGAAAUACUACUACAGAUUAUUAUUAUUUGUCCUGCAGCCUAACUGCUACGGGCUACCUAUGCUACCUGCGCUCCAUCCACCGACUGGUGGCAGAGACCCGACGCGUGCCGUGGCGUGCUCAGCUACUGCAACUGCCCGCGCCCUGUCUCGCGCUCGUCGUACUCUCUGCAUUCCUAGUUGCCGUGCUGCUCAAGGGCUACUGUAUCAGCGUAGUAUGGCGCUGCUACAAGUACCUGACGAUGCGCGCGCACGCACUACAAACUCCGUUCGUGAUCUCAAGCGAUGACGUAGUUAGUACAGGCCAGUUGGCGCCGUACGCGGCGGCGCCCGUGCCGGACUACUCCAGCCUGCUGCCGGACUACGAGGAGGCAGUCAAACAGACUCCGCCGCCCUCAUACCGCGCCGCCACGCUCAUGGCCGCCGCUGAUCCCUCGCUUACAACCGUUCAGGAGAGGGCACAGAAUGAGCAACCCGUGCCGCAGCCUACUAACACCAUGGUGGUACUGCCACAGAACGGCACGCAAGCGCGCGUCUGAAUCUCACCUCUAUAUCUGACAGCUCCGAGGAUUCACACACAUAAGGGCUACUUUAUGACGUCAUAAACUUCUUCGUAGCGCUACUGAUAUAAAUGCUAUGUUAGUAAAAUCUUUCCCAAUACAGGCUGGAUGUGUGGAAUUAUUUUGUGAAGCGAUAUCAACGUACAUGAAAAACAAUUGUACCACAAAGACUUCUGUCUGACAACAUAGUAAUUAUUUGGUGCUCUACAGUAGCGCUCCAAAAUCUUGCAACUGCACGAUUUGCACUGAAAUUACUGCACAGCAAGUAGAAUCAUCUAAAGAGCUAUUGAUAUUUACAAGUACAGCCCUUAUGAUUGUUAUUAUUAAUAAAUUUUGGUUAUAAUCCUCGUUGCUUUCAUUAAAAAACUUAAUAUCUGAAGUUAUUUUUUAAAAUCUUUGUCUUUCACUUUCAUCUAGUUGUAUAUUUAUUUUUAGAGAAGUCACUGAGAUCAUUUUCGUAUUAUUUAUUUUUAUUUUGUAAUAUUAAUACUGUUGUAAUUCUUGUGCUUGACUUUGUGGGAUAGGGCCACAGGUAAAAUAUCUUGUUUUGUCAUACCAGGAGAAUUGUGCCAUUGCGUUGAUUGUAAUAAAUUUUAUUUUUGUACUUCAUGAAAUCAUUAGGAUUAUAUUCCUUCCGAAUCAUUGGAUACACCGUUAAGUACACCGGAGGCACCCGACGAGGUAUCUCGUUUGCGUUAGAUUUUCUGUACUUAGUUUAAUUUACUAUGUUGGAUAUAUUUUAUGAUAAUUUGGUUAUAAAAAAAAUGUCUUCAUCAGUAUUUUGUUUGAAAUGUAUACAAAUAUAAAUUCAUUUAUACAUUCCUGAAUUUUGCAUUGUCAAACUCUCGUGUGGCGUCAAUUUGUGAUUACGCCGUCCAUUUAUUAUUUGACUGGUAGUGGCCUCGAGUCCUGACGUUGAAGUAGUGUGCAUCAGUUUAGCUGAUGUAUUGAACUGUAGUUAACCACUUGAUGUAAUGUCACAGUCAAUAAUAUCAAAACUUUAAAGUCAUUUGUAUUUAUAUAGGUAGAAAAAUAAAAUCAAAAUCAGUUCUCUAUACAUAUAAACUCAUUGUCACUGAUAUUAUAAUACAGUUUUAUUGACUUGAUUAUUUCGAAGAGCUUAUGAGUUCAGGCUCUUAAAAUGAGACGGGCUGUUCUGAAAUAAUGAUGUGAUUAAAUCUGUAUAAUGUGACUUGAGAAUUAUUUGAUUACAUGGUGUGACUACUCAGGGUUGAUAGUAAUCUGAGCUUGCAGUAGCCUUCCUCGUGAGAUCUAUAAUAUAUCUUAUAAAUAUGAUACAGAAGUACAUUCAUAUGUAAUAGUUAUUCACGUUUGUUUCUCCGACACUGAUGCGGAUUUAUUUGUGCUGCCAUGGAACUUAGGCAGAGAUGCAUGCCACUCAUUGGUGCCUUAUCAUAUCGCUAACGAUUGUUUGUAGUACCUAAUCUUGUGAAACAUCAUUCUAAAUAUAGGUACGUACUAUGUAAUUAUAUGUAACUGUAGUACCUACUUAGAUAGGGCGUGAGGUAGACAUUGCUGUUCUCAACGCUUUACGUGGUAAUUUGGUAAGACACCGUAAGUAGUUUCAUAUUGGCCUAAAAUAUGGAAAUGCGUCAGCGUUCACUUCUACUACGCUUCUAUGUAUGUACCUAAUUGUAAUGAUAGGCCUCGCCCAAUCAUAAGAGUAAUUACUAAUAACAUAAAAAGCCAAAUCUCGUUAAUGUUAGUUGUCAGAUUCGUGUCAUUUCUAAUUUCAUGUGUAUUAGUGGUUAGUAGGAAUUGGGCGGACAUUUGAUUAUCUCGUUGAUCGAAAUUAAUUGCUCAGUUUUAACAACUAACCCUAUCUUAUGUUGUUUAUGAAAUUCUUAGUUGUUUCGUCUAUUUUAGUACCUACAUUGUAAAUGCACUAAUGAUAAAUUGACGUGUAUAACUAAUUACUUAUUAAAUUAUACUUAAUGUAAAAUAUUCUUGAAAUAAAUCAUAAAUAAAAAGGAAA